AUGACCACUACCAAGGCCAAUAGGCCAAGGGAGGAAACAGAGAGGGUCAGGAUAGCUCCGGAUCCUUUGGAACAGCACCUCCAGUGGCCAACAGAUGGACCCCAGGAUAGUCCCCAGGAUGCAACCAGGAAGGUCAUAGGAACCAUUAGGCCAUCAGCCCUGGUUUCAGAAAAAUUGGCCUGGGAAACUCUCCAAGAAGCAACACCGGUUUCUAAGCAACAAGCCCUGGGCUCCACUGAAGGAACCACCCCAGCUGUAGGCGUGUGGACCUUGGGAACCACCAGCAUAGAGACGGCAUCUGUGGAAGGAAGCAGUGAAGGGGACCUGGCCACUGCUGCUGGAGACAGUGGUCCCCAAGCAAUGACCAGCCAGGCCCUGGCAGCAGGACCCCUGAGACCCUCUGGUGAGGAGUCCUCCGUGAAGAGUGUCUUUCCAGAAGAGGAAAACAGCUCUCGGAUCCUGACCCCAGUCUCUGCCACGCUGGCCCUGUUCAUGCUUGUGGCUCUGGUUCUACUGCAGAGGAAACUCUGGAGAAGGAGGACAUGUGAGUUGAGUUGAAGGGUCACCCUGAUUCAGAUGACAUGCUUCCUGGAGCCAAAUCGCCAAACAGACCAGCUGCCCCAUGUGGAAAGGAAGAUGCUCCAGGAUGGCUCUGCUCCUACCCAAGCCAGGAUGACUGUCCCAGAGAGGGAUCCAGAACCCUGA